CAGAGCCUUGCAGUCACCAAAGGAGCUUGCCAUGCAUAGAUGAUGUCAAGGAAGGGAAGACUGCAGAGCAGAAAACAGUGUCUUCGGCUACUGUCAUUGUGUUGGAUUUUCUGAUGAUUUAAUAGAAAGGGCAAAAAAGAAGGCCUUUUAUUUUGCAUAAUUCUCGAUAUUAACUUUCAUGCUUGACUUUUCAAGUUGGGGGGGGCCCAUCUUUUGUUGUUGCCUUGCCUAAAGUUAGAAUUUGUGCUUCCAUACUUGCUAUCUAUUCAGUUUCCAUAUGUAAAAUCUUGUAUUCUCAUGCAUUAAAUAGAGGGGAUGGCUAACACAAACCAAGUCUGAGAGAAGCAGAGAAUAAGGAGGGUUUCCAAGUGAAGUGACAGAGAAAGAGGUCUAUCUAAGAUGGGUAAUUACAGGUUCAGGUUCUCAGAUAUGAUGCCAAAUGCCUGGUUUUACAAGCUCAAAGACAUGAGCAAAACCCGAAAGCAAUACCGGUCUCACCCCCUGAAGAAAAAACCUUCCCCAUCAUCUUCAUCAUCACAAAAACCCCACGAUUCCAAGCCAAGAUCCUAUUACUUCACCACCGAACCUAUCAAAGCUGGCAGAUUCUACAAUUCACCUGUGCAUCUUGAAGCCUCGGGCGCUCGUUUUCCUGAUCCACCAAGAAAGUCGUUGAAGAGAAGAGGCAGAAGAAGAACCGUUUACAAGCCUUCUCCCAGAGUCGUCUCCUCUGUCUCUGCUGGUUUUAGCUGUCAUUCCGUACUUAACUCAGUCCCGACCAACUCUAGUCUAACUCAGUCUCCUGACUAUUCUCUUUCUCCAUUCGAAAGUUCCCCUGAACCCGAGUCUCUUCUAUCAGAAUCAGAGGAUGAUGACUUUUUCGCUCCUGCUGAGUCAUAUGAUCUACCAGCCUCAUACUCGAAAUCUUACAACUGUAAGCUUAGUUCUUCAACCACUGAUAUCAUCAUCGACAUGAAUAACGAGUCUCACACAACGAAAUUUGACAUGGUGGAUGGAUUUGACGCAAUCCCUGAACUCGAGCUUCCUCCAAUAUUGACAAAGCCAGCAAAGUGCAAUCUAAAGGCGGAUGAAGUCACCAAGUUGACGACAAGUUCAUCUAGAUUAGAGGAGACUAAAGCACGCCGGUCUGUUUCUGUCAAAAUUGUUAAAGAAGACAGCAUUCGGACUCAAAAAGAGCCAAGGGGUAGUCCUCUUGUGAGAAAGUCAUUUGCUAAUUCUCCCGGAAUAAGGCUUCGGGCAAAUUCUCCAAGAAUUGCAAGCAAGAAGAUUCAAGCUUAUGCACGAAAGAGCAUGUCAUCCGGUACGUACUUAAAGUCUAGGAAUAGAAGCAUUGCAGGAAGUUUAGCAGUCGUCAAGUCUUCACUUGAUCCACAAAGAGACUUCAGGGAUUCAAUGGUUGAGAUGAUUGUGGAGAAUAAUAUUCGGGCAUCAAAAGAUUUGGAAGAUCUUCUUGCUUGUUAUCUUUCACUCAAUUCUAAUCAAUACCACGAUCUUAUCAUUAAGGCGUUUGAGCAAAUCUGGCUUGAUAUGACUAACCUACGCUUGUAAAAUUCCUAGAUCAUUAAAUGCACAUAAAUAAAUGUUAUAUUCUGACUUCUUCUCUGUAAUUUCAG